CGUAGCUUGUUGUCGCGCAGCGCUUGUAUUGAGACAGAACCAGAAAGCCUGUUCUCACUCCCCGGUGUGUCGUGUUUCCUGUGGAAGAUGUGGCCGGGUUUCAGCGCGACCUGUGUGGGCGGGAGUGAGUGUGAAUGAACGGUCAGCAGCAGGUACACUCCCCGCCGCGAUGAGGUUCCGUCUGGCCGGAGCUGUGCUGCUGUCGGUGGCCGCCUACUACGUCUAUCUGCCGCUGCCGAGCGGCGUGUGCGAGCCGUGGAAGCUGAUGCUGCUGGACGCGGUGUUCCGGACCUUCAUGCAGGCGAGUGACGCGGCUCACGCGCUGGGCCUCUGCCACCGUGUCCACCUGCUGAACCACUUGGUGUCCUGGGUGGAGGAGAUUGAGGCGCGCUCCUGCGACGCCGUACACGUGACCGACUGCAAGCUGGGGGGCGUGUCCACAAGAGUCUUCCAGCCCAAGGGCGGGGAAAAGCUGAAAAGGGGAGUGGUGUAUUUCCACGGAGGCGGUUGGGCCCUCGGCAGCGGCCGGAUGAGAUCUUAUGACCGCCUUUGCCGCAAAAUGGCGGAGGAUCUGGACGCCGUCAUCAUGUCUGUGGAUUACCGGCUUGCUCCGGACGCCGUGUUCCCAGAUCAGUUCAACGAUGCGUUAGCGGCAUCGUGGGACUUCCUGUCCCUGGAGGUGUUGGAGCGAUACGGCGUUGACCCGGAGCGGCUCUGUGUGUCCGGGGACAGCGCUGGAGGGAACCUCGCUGCUGCUGUGGCUCAGGAGCUCAGCUCAGAUGAAAGUCUCACUGUGAAGUUCAAACUCCAGGCGUUGAUCUACCCGGUGCUGCAGGCGCUUGACUUCCACACGCCGUCUUACCAGCAGAACCAGGCCGUGCCCAUCCUCUACAGGCCGUACAUGGCCCGGUUCUGGCUGCAGUACUUGGGCGGUGACUCCUCCCUGGAGCCCCUCCUCCUCGCCAAUAACCACAGCUCGCUGGACGAGGUGGCCGUCGACGCCGAAACCCGCUCCAGACUGGACUGGACCACUCUGCUCCCAUCUGAGCGCAGGAAGGACUACAAGCCGGUCGUCAAGGAGACGGGGUCGCCGGGGCUGACGGAUGAGUUGCUGGCGGCGCUGACGGACGUGAGGGCGGCACCGCUGCUGGCGGAGCAGAGGAUUCUGGGUAGGACGCCAAAAGCGUACGUGAUGACGUGUGAGUUUGACGUCCUCCGGGACGACGGGCUCAUGUACGUCAGACGUCUGCAGGACGCCGGUGUCCCGGUGACCAGCGACCACUAUGAGGACGGUUUCCAUGGCUGCAUGGUGUUCGCGUCGCUACCGAUGAUGUCCGACGUCGGACAGAGAAGCUUAAACAACUACAUCCAGUGGUUAGACAGGAAUUUGUAGACAAAACUCAGCCCAGAUCCUGAAACUAAAGCUCAGGAUCAAGAUAAUUAUCACUGAUAUAAAUAUGUGGAAGAAAAAAACCCACACUCACAUUAUAAAUGUUUUUAUUGUCGUGGACGGAAGAGGAUUAGGACCACAUAUGAGUCUCUCUGGAAACUAAAUUUAAAAAAUCAAAAAGUCACAAUUCUGAGGAAAAUGUU